AUGAAUCCUCCCGGGCAGCAAAGGAAGCAUAUCCACCCGAAGGACAAGAAACCAGAACCUGUCGAACGCCGUCAGUUGCGAUCUCAUCCGCGCCAACUCACCUGGGCCGAGGCCAAUCGUGUCCACUACUACUGGAACGCGGGGCUCCGGACUGCUUGCUGGGAAUCGCGUAUCGUUCUAACUGAGUAUUACAAUCGACUUGGAAAGGCCAUGUCGUCAGUCGAAAAGAGGGUUGCCCGAAAUAUGUGUCCAACAGCGACAGAACUUUCUCCGCCCGAGGAGCACCUCUCAUCACAAAGGCCUCUUUCGGAAGAGGAAAAGAACAAGAUUGCGCUCAGCCGAACCAUCGCUACAUUGCCCGAAAAAGGCGCAAGGGUCUAUCUCGACUGGUGGACGGCAGACAUAGUGUGUUUCCGAUUUCCAGAGGAACACAUGGCUGCUUGCGUUUAUUUUGAGUGGGAGAAAUUCCUCACCCGCCUUCCCUUCUUCCAACUUCCUUAUGCCUCAGCUUUGAACCUUGCCUUUGAGUUUGAAGAUGGCUGGGAGAAGGGCUUAGGGGAGACUAGGGAGACUGUCUGUCAUUAUCUGUCAGAAGCUUCAACUAGGGGCCUUGUGAUGCGGGCUUGGUGGGACUGGUUGACAGGCAGGAUCCCAAUAUGGGCCCGUAUGUACCUGAUCAAUCCUCGAAACGACCUUCCCAGACGUUAUCGACUGGCAAAAGGUUUCCGAUACUACUACGAUGCCGUCUAUGGCGCUGAGUACCCCUGCAGCAGUACGGAUCAUCGUGUUUUCUCCGAUGGCAAGAAAAGAUACGUUGAGAGCUAUGAUUGGGAUGAGCAAGGGCGAAACCGUGACGUACCGAUCUGUAGCUUCAUCAUGAAGAUGGACAGACUUUGUAGGCCGCUGCCUACGUCUCCUAUCGAUGCCAGCCUUCCCACCUCUUAUCAACAUUUUUUCAGAGUGUUGAGGCCCCUCCCGAGCGAUAUGACAUCAACCGAUAUAUGA